AUGGUUUAUCACUCUAGUUUCACUGAUGAUGAUGGGAUCACAAAAGCCUGUGGGUGUCCUUUGCUUCCACUGAAAACUCAUAUCAAGGGCCCAGCCCCAGCCUCAGAUUCAGAUAAAGCGGAUAUAGUCGAUGAAGCGAUAACUUUCUUCCGAGCAAAUGUUUUCUUCAAAAACUUCCAUGUCAAAAGCCCAGCAGACAAGUUGCUUAUCUAUCUGACAUCUUACAUCAAUAUUGCCUUGAAAAGACUAGAAAGCUGCCGGACACUGGCUGUUGGAACUAAGGCAAUCAUUAACCUGGGGUUGGAAACUGUUCCUGUGCCCGGGGAACCGGGGUUUCCUUUCCCUGGACUUUUCACUCUUCCCGAAUCCCAGGAAGAAGCAGAAUUGUUGAGGAACUAUCUGAAGCAGAUAAGGGAGGAAACAAGCGGGAGGCUGCUCAACUGUGCAUACAGAGCUAAUGGCACUCCAAACAAAUGGUGGUUGGCUUUUGCAAAGAGGAAGUUCAUGAACCUUGUCAUCCUUUAG